CACACUAAAAGAUCAGCACUCUGACAGAGUCAGGACUCUGAAAUGAGACUAUUUGGAGUUAUCUUCUUUGCUCUUUUAACAAGGGGAGAUAAUUCCUUUUGCAAAUUGCUGGAAAGCAAAUCAAACAAUGAUAAAUCAAAUGACAUGAGUAUGACAGAAGGAGGAAUCUUCAUCAUUUAUAAUUCUUUCAUGGCUAUUUUAUACCAAUGCAAAAUAAUGCCGUUAAAGAUAACAUUGGACAGAGAACUUAAGCAUACCCAUUCAAUGACCUUCACCACUGAGGAGAUUAAGAUAAACAGCAAGCUGCUCAUACUGGGCAACAGAAUCUACUAUGCCUGUAAAAACAUUAAAAUGCUCGGUGCAGCAUGGACAACCGUGCCUGGACAAGAGAACCGCAGCAGGGCCAGAGUGCAGGCACUCAAAGGACAUCCCUCAUCAGGAUCCAUCAGCACAGCGAGCAAGACCAUUGCCCCUUUACAUAUUUCACUGAUAAGCUACAUGAAAACCAGUAAAUGUCUGAGCGAUGGAAACAGAUACACUUGGUUUUUCAGAAUGGUGCCCAGUGACUGCUUUCACAUCAACCCCCUAGUUGUCCUUCUAAAACCUUAUGGCUGGACAUGGUUUGGAUUUGUCUCCUGCACAAAUGUGUACUCAGAAUUUACCAAAAUUGCAAGAAAGGAGGGAAUAUAUAUUGAAUAUAUGACACAAUACCUCAACACAACUUUGGAAAAAACUGUGCUUUUAAGUCCAAAGACCAUGAAAACUUACUUUCGAGGGCUCUUUGGGAUAACAGAAUGUACCACAGGUAUACAGUGGAUUGGAAUUGAGGCCUGGAUUCAAACUAGAGAUCUAGUAACUGUUGGGAUGGCAAAUAUUCUGCAGAUAUUAAUGAGUUCUGCCAUCACAGAGUGCCACACUGCAGGGCUGCAGUACUUCUGGUUGAAUAUGCAAACAUCAGACAACACCUUUCCCAAGGACUACUGGGACAAGCACUUGUCAGAAAAUUACAGUAUGACUCCACAUGGAGAAUUCAGUCCCAUGUCUCAGCGCGGAGUCUAUAAUGAUAUUAGCAUGGUCACAUAUCAAUCAGUAUGCUUUGUUGAUAGCACUGUGCACACACACCAUAAACAAACUGUCAGCACUUAUUCCAUCUGUCCUAACAGGAAUUAUUCUCCACUAAAGCAGGUGCCCAGAUCAGUGUGCAGAAGGAACUGCCCAACUAAAAUAGAGGAGACAGACCACUGUGAGGAAAGGAGACAAUUGUGCUUCUUCAUGCUAAGCAUCAAAGGAAAAAUGUCUAACCAACCUGGUGUAAAGAAAUAUUUUCCAUACAUUCUAGAAACUGCGAUAAAAGCGGACAACAAUCGCAGUAUCACCCAUAUAGGGAUUCUAGGUUGGGUGUUAAGUACAUUAUUAAUUCUUGGACUUUUCCUGACAGCAGCAGUGGCAGUUCUCAUCCUGCAGAAUGCACAAAAUAUUCCUAUUGUUAGGGCCAACAACUCUGAGCUGAGCUUCCUGCUGCUCUUUUCCCUGACCCUGUGUUUCCUCUGUUCACUCACUUUCAUCGGCCGAGCCUCUCACUGGUCCUGUAUGCUGCGCCACACGGCGUUUGGGAUCACCUUUGUCCUCUGCAUCUCUUGUGUUCUGGGGAAAACAAUAGUGGUGUUAAUGGCCUUCAGGGCUACACUCCCAGGCAGUAAUGUCAUGAAAUGGUUUGGACCUCCUCAGCAGAUGCUCAGUGUCCUUGUAUUCACUCUCAUACAGGUGCUAAUUUGUCUGCUCUGGUUAACAUUAUCCCCUCCUUUCCUCAACAUCAACAUGAAGUACUACAAAGACAAGCCAAUUCCAGGGUGUGCUGUAGGGUUGGAUCUGGGAUUCUCUGGUGUUUUAGAGCACACAGAAAUUCUUCCUGUCUUGUGCCUUUUGACUGCUCUGCUUAUUCAUGUUCUAUAUUGUGGUAAAGCAAAGCUUCUUUCAUUAAGCAUUCUUAUAUACUGUGUGAUGUGGACAGCAUUUAUUGAACUGUAUGUCAGAUCACUAGCAAAGUAUAUGGUAAUGAGUGAAAUCAUUUCAGUUUUGUCUUGAAACAGAGCAAAAAAUGCAAAUAUUUUUUAAAAAUGUCUGGCAAUAAACUUUUGCUACUGUUAAUCUAAUGACUUCACACAGAUCUCGAUGCCAUUCAAAAUAACACAUUAUUAGUGUUUUUUCCAGUGUA